AUGAAGGUGGAGUUUGCUGUUGACGAGUCCGGCCUCUGGCUGCUCUACCCGGCUGUGGACACAGAGGGCUUCCACCAGGAAGUAAUCCUGCUCAUCCACGUCCGCCCCCGAGACCUGCAGCCAAUAAGGAGCUUCCGCACAGGUCUUCGGCGUGGCCGCUAUGGAAACAGCUUCCUGGUUUGCGGCGUGCUUUAUGCAGUGGACAGCAUGGAGCGCCGCUUCGCUAACGUGACAUACGCCUUUGACACGCACACGCUCACGCACACCGUGCCGAGCCUGGCGUUCACGAACAUGCACGCGCACACCUCCCAGCUGGCUUACUGCCCACUAAUCAAGAAACUUUACGCAUGGGACGACGGACAUCAGAUGACGUAUGAUGUCAUCUUUGCUUAUUAGCGCCAUGAAUGGACGCACAGAUGAAGAAACUGUGGUUAGCAUAUCCAGCAAGAGGUCAAACCAAAGCUGAGGAGAAAGGAAAUAAGAUAAUAACUGUACAGAUAUUUGAUCAUUGUUUUGUUUCUACAUGACUGUGGAUCAGUCUAACUGAAUGUGUUUUUAUAUUGACCUCAGCUGCUGCUUCGCCACACACACCAAAGUUAGUAUUAACCAGCAAGAGCAGCACGUAACUCACAAGAGAAGUCAGAAAACAAGUCGAAAUAUGUUCACAUUUGGAAAAGGACAAAACCCCACGGUCAUGUAAAUAAAUGUAAACACGUCUUACUGUUUCUCCUAAUGGAAAUGUUCCUCUGAGUUUAGAAAAAAACUGUGUAUAACUGUUCCACUGCAUAUUGAAAAUGUAGUGGAGAAACUGAGGAAUUGAACAUGCACAACUGUCCCAAAUUUAACCAAUUUAAUGGUUCUAAAAAUGAUAAUAAUUCAUCCUCCAUUCUUAGAGAAAAGUUGAGUCUGUGGGGAAAUUAUUUGGGGAAGUUAUUUAUAUUGCUCAAAUUCAUAACAGAAGUUGUGUCAUUGUGCUUUUCAUAUGGAGCAGGUCCAGACCGUACUCUUUGUAAUAUUAUUUACAGAGACACAACAAUUCCCAGCAUGAGCAAGCACUUGGCAACUGUGGCAAGGAAAAACUUUUUGCAGGCUGAAACCUCGGGCAGAAGCUAAACUCAGGGUGUACACACACACAUGUACACACUUUACACGCAAGGAAUUCACAUAAAGAAACACAAUGCUUAGAAAUGUUCUGCCUCUAAACACAGAUCAGGUUGUGGUUUCUGUCAUGACCUUUCAUAAGUUCAGUUAUUGUGUAAAACAGGAUUGAUGUAGUUUGUAUAUUUGAGGUUUUCGAGACCUCACUUUGUCUAAUUUAGGGGAAUAAACUUUGCAGAGUUUACAUAGUUUACUAGCGCCUAUACAGCUUGUGAAAUCAGCUGGUCUUCUGCUCUGGAGGUUUGUAAAGUCUAAGACGAUGAUGGUUAGGAUGUCAUCGGGGUUAUUCAGCUGGUUACGUCGGAUUUAAGACUACAAAUAUUCCACGAUUUACUAGCUUGUUUAUAACUUCACUUGCUCAGAUGGAGGAAUUAAGUUACUAAGACCUCGGCAUUGACCAGGCAGGGAGGGUCGGAUUGAAAGAUGCUAUUGGUUGUAUUUUGGGAUAUGUAGGAUCCAGCGUUUAAGGAUUAAAAGUGAAGAUAUCUGAAGAAUCCUGAACACAUUUAGCUGUUGUUGUGAUGAUCAAAUCACAUCUGCCUAUUAAGACUUUCCAAAACCUCUGAUCAAUAAGCUACUGUAAUGGUGCUGAAAAUCAGGUAAAACUGGAUUUGUCCAGUCCAAAUAUACAAUGUUCAAUUCCAGAGAGUAAUAACUCAUUCUGAUAAUGACUGAAGAUAUUUUAUGCUUCAAGUGUUGCAUAUGUAAUGAAACAGCAACCUAUUUUCUUAUAUGCUCAAAGUCUAUACUGUAUGUUUAUUUUUACUUUAUGUCUGUUUAGUGUGUCAAACAUUUAGCUGCACUCCUGUCCAGUGAUGUUUAUCAUAAGUCCAGUUGGGAACAGGAAUGGAAGCUUUAACUCUGGUACACUUACUCUAUCUUUUACCUUUUCGGGCUAUCACAUGCUCCACACAGCUUUACUAGAUUUAAAAAAAAAAAAAAAAAAAAGAGAGACAAGGUUUAU